GGGGCGGCGCCGCGGCGGGAGCGGAACGGGAGCGCGGAACGGGAGCGGAGCGGAGAUGGAGCGGCGGAGCGGGCUCGGGCUGGCGGCUCUGGGCGCUCUGGGCCGGCGGCUGCUCUGGGCGCUGCCCGCUUACGCCGCGGGGCUGCUGGGGCUCGGUGCGGGCGCCGUGGUGCUCGCCCUGGCGCUCUACGCGGGCUGGCGGCGGCGGCGGCGCGCCCGGGAGCGCGGGAUGCGCGCGGCCGAGCGCCUGCACCGUGAGGAAGAGGCGGCGGUGCGCGCCGCCGCCCGCGGGGAGCUGCCGGCCUGGGUCAGCUUCCCGGAUGUGGAGCGGGCGGAAUGGCUCAACAAGGUCCUGGCGCAGGCCUGGCCGUUCCUGGGUCAGUACCUCCAGAAGCUCCUCACGGACUCGGUGGCCCCGGCCAUCCGCGCCUCCAGCCCCCACCUGCAGAGCUUCACCUUCACCAGGGUGGACCUGGGACAGAAGCCCCUCCGUGUGCUGGGGGUCCAAGCCCACCCCGGAACCCACAAGAAGCAAAUCCUGCUGGACCUCAACAUCAGUUACGUGGGUGACGUCCAGAUCGAUGUGGAGGUGAAGAAAUUCUUCUGCAAGGCGGGGGUGAAGGGGAUGCAGCUCCAUGGGGUGCUCAGGAUCAUCCUGGAGCCGCUGCUGGGGGAUGUGCCCAUCGUGGGGGCGCUCAGCAUGUUCUUCAUCCGCCGCCCGACGCUGGACAUCAACUGGACAGGAAUGACCAACCUGCUGGACAUCCCGGGGCUCAGCUCCAUGUCGGACUCGAUGAUCAUGGACAGCAUCGCCUCCUACCUGGUGCUGCCCAACCGGCUCCUGGUGCCGCUGCUGCCCGACCUGCCCGAGGCUGCGCGGCUGCGCUGGCCCCUGCCCCGGGGCGUGGUUCGGGUGUCCCUGGUGGCCGCGCGCGCGCUCCGCUCCAAGGAUCGCUUCCUGGGCGGGCUCGUCCAGGGCCGCUCGGACCCGUACGCGCUGCUCAGGGUGGGGACACAGGCGGCCACCAGCAGGGUCAUCGGGGACAGCCUGGACCCCGUGUGGGACGAGAUGUACGAGUUCAUGGUGCACGAGGUGCCGGGGCAGGAGCUGGAGGUGGAGCUCUACGACAAAGACCCCGACAAGGACGAUCUGCUGGGAGAUAACGGAGAGAUGGCCGUGAUCGUGGACGACAUCCCCGGGCAGGACGUGGAGUUCGAGCUCUUUGACAAAGACAUCGACAAAGACGAUUUCCUGGGCAGGUGCAAGGUGCCCCUGCAGAGGGUCCUGAGCAGCCGCGUGGUGGAUGAGUGGCUCCCCCUGCAGGCCGUGCCCUCGGGGCGGCUCCACGUGCGCCUGGAGAGCCUGAACCCAGAGCCCAGCGCGGAGCUGCUGCACAGGGUGCUGCACACCAACGCGCUCCUGCAGCCCCCCCGCGGGCCCGAGCUCUCGGCCGCGCUGCUGCGCCUCUACCUGGACCGGGCUGCGGAGCUGCCGCUCCUCAAGGGCUCCCAGCCGCCCUCAGCCUUCGCCAGCCUGGCCGUGGGCGACGUCACCUUCAGGACCAAGAGCUGCCCCCCCUCCACGGAGCCCGUGUGGGAUGAAGGCUUCUCCUUCCUCAUCAGGCGGCCGCACGAGGAGAGCCUGGAGCUGCAGGUCCGUUCCGAUGCGGGCUCCUCCCUGGGCUCGCUGUCCCUGCCGCUCUCGCAGCUGCUGCCCCGGGCCGGGCUCAGCACGGACGGGUGGGUGCCCCUGCCCGGGGGGGGGCGGCUCCUGCUGCGGGCACAGCUCGGGGUGCUGGUGUCGCGGGAUAUUGAGGAGGGGGCGUCCCGCGGAGCCCCCGGGGGGGGGCGGGGCCCGGAGCAGGAGGAGGAAGAGGAGGAGCAGAGAGGGGAGGAAGAGCAGCGCGGGGCGGGGGGGCUGCGGCAGCGCCCGGUGCCGGCGGAGAGGCGGGGCCCGCGGCUGCUGCUCUCGCUCUGGUGCCACCGCGAGCAGGGCAAGCUCGUGGCCAUCGUGCACGGCUGCAGGGACCUGCGGGCCUCCUCCAAGGAGCUGCCCGACCCCUACGUGUCCCUGGCGCUGCUCCCCGAGCGCGGCCGCGGCUCCAAGCGCAAAACGGGGGUGCAGAGGCGGACCCUGAACCCCGAGUUCAACGAGAGGUUCGAGUGGGAGCUGCCCCCGGCCGAGGCCCCGCAGCGCCGCCUGGAGGCCACCGUGAAAAGCUCGGUGAACUUCGUGACCCGGGAGAAGGAGGCGCUGGGCAAGCUGCAGUUGGAGCUGGCCCAGGUGGAUCUGAGCGAGGGAGACCCCCGCUGGUACGAGCUGCAGGACGAGCGGAACCUCCCCUGAAUUUAGGGGGGGCCCCCCCCCAAUUUGCACACGCGGAGGGGGGGGCUCGGGGGGGGGGGCUCGGGACCCCCUCCCCAAUUGCUGCUGCCCCCCCCCCUCACCAAAGAGGCGCCGGGACCCCCCCCAGCGCCCCCUCCCCAGACUGUUACAGAGCUCUCGUGCCUUGAGACCCCUCC